ACGUGUGAUUUCCCCAGUGCACUGUUUAGGGUGAGCUGCACUCUAGUCAAAUGUUUCUACUGGAGCAGGCGUUAUGAAUAACACUGUCUAAUUUGAAUAGUGGUUUCUGCAGGGUAGACUAUUGCCUCUUCCGUAUUUCACAGUCCACUUGUAACUUCCGUGUUUCGAAGGCUAUCUUUCUGGGUCAAGCAGUUUAUCACAAUGAGGUCCAUCCCGGAAGAUUUAACGACACUCAUUUCAGAUCUGGAAACCUUUUUAACGGAUGUCCUUAAAGGGGAGAAUUUGAGCAAAAAAGCAAAAGAGAGAAAGGAUGCCUUCAUCAAGCGCAUUAAAGAUGUAAAAACGAGCUACUCUCAAGAAUUCAAGGACAAAAGAGAUGACGAGUUUCCCGAGCCUGAUGAAGCGGAUACCAACGAUGGUGGAUCACUGCACUCAGAGCAGACUGACAGGGAUGAGGAAAGUGCUUACGAUGGAGUUCAACAGUCUCCUCCGGUGGCAGCUCAGGAACUUCAGUCCAUUUUGAAGAGCGGCUACCUGGAGAAGCGCAGAAAGGAUCACAGCUUCUUCGGCAAUGAAUGGCAGAAGAGAUGGUGUGCUUUAAGCAACAACAUCUUUUACUACUACGGCAGUGAGAAAGAUAAACAGCAGAAGGGAGAGUUUAAUAUUGUCGGAUACACUGUCAAAAUGAACAACACCCUGCGGAAAGAUGCAAAGCGAGAUUGCUGCUUUGAGAUCUCCGCUCCAGACAAGCGUGUUUAUCAGUUCUGUGCUGCGUCUGAGAAAGAUGCAAAAGAGUGGGUGGAGCACAUUGAUUUUCUGAUUAAAGACAUGGGUGGAGUCAUUCCUGAAGAUGAAGAAGAGUAUGAUGACUGCUUAACAGUGACACAAUCAUCCAUGCCUGAACCUAUCGAUGAUGACAUUUAUGAAGAACUCCCUGAGGAAGAUACACCCCAGCCUGCUAAACCAACAGUGCCCCUGGCCAACAAACCUGUGACCCUGGCCAACAAACCAUCCACCCCUGUGACAGCAGUGAAUAAAAGCACAGACUACGCAAACUACUUCCAGGGCUUGUGGGAUUGUGCUGGAGAUCAUCCGGAUGAGCUGUCCUUUAAACGAGGAGACACCAUCUACAUCCUCAGCAAGGAGUACGACGUGUUUGGCUGGUGGGUGGGGGAGAUGAAAGGGGCCAUCGGAAUCGUGCCUAAGGAGUAUCUCCUGGAACUGUACGUGCUGUAAGGGGUCUGAGGAACCUCUGAUGGUCUGCUGUUGUAGCUUCAUGUUCCUCAAGCCGCUGUCUCUUACUGUGUUUCUAUUAGUCUGUGUGAUAUGUAAAACAAGUUCAAAAAGCACAAGUAAUUGUAAAAUAUGUGCAAUGAAGGAUGUUAUGCUUAAUUUUUGCAAAUUAUUUAAUUAUCACGUGCUGUAGUAUUUAAUAGGAUGAUUGAGUGAAUGUAACCCUAUGUUUUGUCUUUCAAAGGCAUUAAGCUGUAGGUAAAAACAGUAUGAAAUAAAGCGUCUGCAGUCUUUUUA